GAAGCUUUGGCAAUGCACAACCAAGUCGAGGUGAUCAUCAAAACAGAGGCUCCAGGACUGCCAGAGGCGAGCAACACAGAGAAGCUGCCACGUGUCAUGACGAUCCAAGAGCUCCGUGGGAUCCUUCCGGUACUGCUGAACCUGGAUGUGAAACCUGAAGACCUGCAGGUGAAAGCAGCCGGGCGCAAACUCGAGGACAGCGAUCUGCUUGGCAAAUUGUUCGAUCACAACGGCGGCUUGCUUCGGUUGAGCCUGCGGAGGAUUCAGCUUGCAGCUGCAGACGAGGCCGAAGUGGCCAAAGCAGAGCUGGUGGAGGCAUCAAGUAGCUCCAGUGGCAAUCGCGCCAGCAGAGGCUGGGGAUUGUUGUCUGCAAGGGGUGUGCGUGGACAAAUGGAUCUUAUAUUUAGGAUUUUAAACUAG